CGCAACACGGAUUUCGACAAUUGAGAAAAAUUGCUUGUCUCCUGCCUAAGAAUCUGAUUCUAAGUCAUUACAAUUCUCGUGGCUGUCAUAUAACACACAGACAAAUCAUGUCGCAACCUGACAAAAUGGGUCGCUUCAUUGAAGCCAUGAAGACCGUUUAUGGCCCUUUUGACGAGUUAUCAAGUGAAGAUGCAAACGACUGGAUCCCUCCUGAUAACCCUGGAGCUGGUGGCCAUCGCGGUAGGUAUCUCUGGACAGACGCCUUUGGAGUCGUCAACUUCAUCACUCUCUUCAAAGAAACCGCCAAACCAAAGUAUCUCACGCUGGCGAAACGAUUGGUGGUGACUGUCCACGAUAUACUAGGCCGCACAAGGGAUGGAAAGAAAAGACUGGACGGCGCAACGGAUAAAGAGCCGCUGGUAGGAGGCCUGCGAAUCGGCAAACUGGAUGCUUCGGGGAGCGACGGCGAUGGACAGUACCAUCAUUAUUUGACGCUGUGGAUGUUUGCGCUGAAUAGGCUUUCUAUUGCGGCGGGGGAGAGAGACUGGAAUGAUUUGGGAAUUCAGUUGGCGAGGGCGAUUCAUCCGCGGUUCUUGGUGCAUUGCCUGUCGGGGGGCGUCAAGAUGGUAUGGAAGAUAUCCAUGGAUAUGAAGAGUGUGCUUGUUCCUUCCGAGGGCCAUUUAGAUGCUGCAACAGGAUAUGUCGUCUACAAGCUGAUGCAAACGACUGCAUCGAAACAAGGCCAUCGAAAUGGUGUGUUACAACAGGAGAUUAACGAUUACUGGAAUCUCAUGUCGAGGAAGGGAAGUUUGUCUCCUGGAACCGACAUGUUGGAUCUAGGUAUGGGGCUGUGGAUGUGCCACAUUUGGAGAGACGAGCCGUGGGCCAUCAAAUUCCGCAGCAAGGCAUUGCCAAAAGCAGAGGAGCUACUUGACUCCUCUUCCGUGAUGAUGCAACGAAGCGCAUCACGAAGACUGGCAUUUCGCGAGUUUGGCACAUGCGUUGGUGUGAGUUGUAUUGAUGCGAGUGAGAAGUUGCAGGAUCAGGUGGAAGAUUUGUUGCAAUUUUGGGAGAAGCACCUGGAUCGAGGGGAUGGGGAGGAUGAUUUGAAGCCGAUUUCGCGAGUGAUGUAUGCGACGGGUCUGGUUGUUGGAGCUUUUCGGAGAGGAUACCUUGAAGAUGAGGUGGAGUGAGGGUUGAAACUGGUAAAAGUUAUGGGGUUUCGGUGUUUGGCUUGCAUCGGUUGUUUCGAUCCUUGUGUCGUUGUGGACAAUAGUCUCUUGCGUGGCCAUUGGAGCCAUCACAGGCAUGGUAACGCCACAUCUAUGGAAGACGUCAUUGUAUUCAUAAUAUACAUGUAAUCCAGAGUAUUUGUCAUUUGGCAAUCGUAUAGUAUGAAUAUCUGUAAGCCUCAAGCGAAGAAGUGGGUGAACG